AUGGCGGUCAAGCAGAAAUUGUCCACUGGGGACAUUUUGAGGAUCAUUCGAGUGCUCCUUGCAACUUCUGCAAAAGCAUUCGGCGCUUUGAUCACAGGUCCUUUCCGAGGAGCCAAUGGCGCAAGAACGUACAAACAGCAUGUAAUCUUCACAGCCAUAAGAAAUCUGACUGCGAGUUUCGCGCUUACACCAGGUACUCUUGACGCCUACAAGGCUUUUGCAAAGAAAAAGGGCUUCAAGCCGAAUUUGAUCGAUACUGCUGGUGUUCAAGGAGGUUGGAUCGGUAAUCCUCAAGCUAAGAACACGAUCAUGUGGUUCCAUGGAGGAGGUUAUGCUUCUGCCGCUGCUGAUGGCCAUAUGAAGAUUUUGGGAGAUCUUGUGGAUGAAGCCCAAAGCCAUGGAAGUGAGCUAAGCGGCUUGAUCAUUCGAUAUGCUGGUCUAUCAGAUCUGACUGCCGAGUCGCCAUAUCCCAGACAGCUAGAGCAAGCGGUUGCAGCGCUGCGCUAUCUGCUCGAGACCAUGGGAAAGUCUCCACAGCAAAUCAUUAUCGCUGGAGACUCUGCAGGUGGCAACCUCUCUCUAGGCCUAAUCUCCCAUCUGACCCACCCUCAUCCCAACAUCGCCCCGAUCGAUCUCGGCUCCGAGUCCUUGAAAGGACUUGGUCUGAUAUCUCCAUGGGUGACGUUUGCUCAGGACGCCGAUGCUUGGAAACGCAAUGCCUACAAAGACUGUCUCACUCCCGUGGCAGCGGCAAGAUGGACCAACGAGUUCCUCAAGCAAGCGCCACAAGACAACUACAAUGCCCCUUUGACAGCGCCAGAGUCUUGGUGGGCUGAUAUCCCCGUCGACGAGGUUUUGGUGACUGGUGGUGAGGAUGAGGUGUUGGUUGAUGACAUUGCAGCCAUGAUCAAGAAGCUCGAGACGCAAGACAAGGCAAAGGUACACUCACUGAUUGCCAGUCAAGAGCCACACGAUGGUCCUUUGCUCGAGAUGAUCCUUUCCAAGAAGACCGAAUCAAGCAAAUUCUUGACAGAAUGGACCAUGAAGUUGAUAGCAUCAUAG